AUGGCAGAACUUAAUACUAAGACAAAGCAAAUUAGAAUUAAAUUAAUCAAUAAAAUAAAUAAUUUAGAUGAAAAAGAAUUAAUUGCUUGCUCCCAAUUGUUUGAAAACAUGAGAUAUCCAGAUGGUACACAUCAAGGUGAGAUUUUGACCCCUUAUUUGCAAAAAAAAGCCAUGGAAUGGGUCCUAAUAACUAAAGUCUUUCAAAAUGCUGUAGCAAAAAAAUUCAAAGCAAACAAAAAUGCUCACACACCUGAAUUUGUUUCCCUAGCUACUCAAAUGAGUAAUAUUGGUCAGAUGUCUUUAUCCUCAACUGUUCAAUGUACAAAGGAGAUCUUUGCCUUCCUAACUGGUCAAUCACAUAGAACAUUGGCAAGGUGGAAUAAAGAGGUAGCUCAAGUUGUGAUUCAUGACAAUCUUCCUAAUAAAGAUUGUCAAUUCUUUUCUUAUGGCAUUAUUGCAGAUGAAAGCACAAGAGGAGAGAAAAAAAUCUUCCUAGUAUGCUUGUCAUAUUGGAGCCAUCACACUAAUGAACCCUUACUCUCUAUAAUCCGAAUGGUAGAUAUAGAACGUUGUAGUGCUAUUGUUGUCUGUAAUACUAUAAUAGAAUCAUGUCAAUCUUAUAAUUUAUGCAUAAAUAAAUGUCUGUACUGGCUUACUGACAAUACUGGAUAUAUGCCUGGGGAAAAGGGUGGUGCUGUAGUUGAGUUCAAAAAAAAAAAAACAGGUUCAAAGACAGUUAGGAUUCCUUGUGGUCUCCAUGCAAUUCAUAUUGUUGUAAAUGCUUUUGAGAAAAUUACAUUUGGCAGUAAUUCUAAUCCCUCUGGUUUGUCCUUACAUCCACAUCCUUUUAAUCUACUGAAUCUUGCCUACUACCUUCACAAUGGCUACAAUGAUCCAGAUAAAGAUAAUCCACUAAACAUGAAAACAGAAACAAUUAAAAGGUUGUAUUGGACCUUUCUUCAAUAUCAAUUGAAAAAUUACCAAAAACCUAUUUCAACCAGAUGGCUAUAUCAAUUAGAAACAGCCAAACAGUAUCUUGACAGAAAGGAUAUUCACCUCAUGUUUGCAAGAUCAGUUGAUGUCCUCAAAAAAUGUGCCAGAGAUAUUAUCACAAGUGGACUACUUUCCUCAGUUGCAGAUCCUUGUCCUAGGAUACAACAUAAUGGCACCAUUAAAACACUCCCUAAUGAUUAUCGAGCUCAUGAGCUACCAGAAAUGGUGGAAAAAUGGACCAAGGAAUUGAAUGAAGCUGCAGAAAGACCAGAAAUUGUUUUUUUUUUUGAAGAAUUUCAAGCUGCAAAUAGAUGCCUAGAAAAAAAUGAUUAUAUUGAUUUAAUGGAUAAGAUUAAAGCAGGAUUAACAAAGGCCUUGGAUAUAUUUAAAAAGUGGAUGGAUAUAUGGACUCACUUGCCACUUUCAGUCUGUAAUUUAGGAGGUAACAAUGGUCAAACAUUUGCAUGGGCAGUUAUCUGUGUAAUAUUAGACUUUCCUCUGCCAAAUUUCUCUAAUAACCUUGUAAAAGCUAGGCUGAAACUCUCAGGACCUAAACCUUUAGAAUGUAUGCUUACUUCAAAGAAAUUAAAAGAAGUUCAUGCUCAUCAGCAUAUAAUUACUCCUAAUCCAAUAAAUUUGAACUUUGAAUCCGAAACUGGACCAAAAUUCUCCAGUUUGAACUGA